CCCCCUCGCUCGGCUUCGGCUCCUCCUAUCGCCUUAUCCACUCCACCCUGCUCAUCUCACCUUCCCGAAGCUAGAAAUGGCCGCGUCCCAUUGAGCCCGACCCACCCUCGGACAACCCCCUCCGCCUCCGGCUGCUGCCGCUCUAGCUCACGGGCGCCGCAAUGGCCGCGGCCGUCGCCGCAUCCGCGUUCCUCUCCUCCUCCUUCGCCCCCCGCCACCACCACCGCCGCCUGGCCAGGCCCGUGACGCGCCGCGCCGCCCCGGCGGGACUGGCCGUGCGGUGCGAGCAGAGCGACAAGCAGAAGAGGCAGCCGCUCGCCGCGCUCGUGCCCCGCGAGCAGCGCUUCAUGUUCGAGGGCGACGAGCUCUGCGGCCCCGACAUAUGGAAUACAACAUGGUAUCCUAAGGCUGCAGAUCAUGUUACCACGGAGAAGACAUGGUAUGUUGUUGAUGCAACAGAUAAGAUUUUAGGCAGGCUAGCAUCCACCAUUGCAGUACAUAUCAGGGGAAAGAAUGAACCCACGUACACUCCCAGUGUGGACAUGGGUGCUUUUGUCAUUGUGGUCAAUGUAGAGAAGGUUGCUGUUUCUGGUAAAAAGCGGUCACAGAAGCUCUACAGGAGGCACUCUGGACGGCCUGGAGGGAUGAAAGAGGAAACUUUUGACCAACUUCAGAAAAGGAUUCCAGAGAGAAUCAUCGAACAUGCAGUGCGUGGAAUGCUUCCCAAGGGCAGGCUGGGAAGAAGACUAUUUACCCACCUCAAGGUUUACAAAGGGGCAGAACAUCCACACGUGGCUCAGAAACCUGUCCCUCUGCCUAUCAGGGAUAAAAGAAUACAAAAGACUGAUUAGAGAAUCAUCAAUUGGAAAAAAAAAAUGCAGUGACGAAUUCCUCUCCUGAAGGUUUUGCCAUUGCUGGGAAUGCCAUCCUCAGAGCCAUGCAUCUGCCGAGGGAGUGUAAAUCUUUUUGUAAUUUGAAUACCAAAGAGUGAUCCGGCCCAAAAUCUCUGUUUUCCAGUUGAAGUUUGUAAUAUUGACCUGAUAUGAGAUGGUAGGUUCUUUCAUUGUUGGGCGUGAAGUUUAAAUCCGGAAGGUGCCAUCUGGAAAUUCUGCCAAUUUCCCUGGCCGGGGGGCGUGGUAUUUUUCCUACCUUUUGUGUUUGUAAAAGUUGACUGGAUGCUGCAAAUGGUUGGAAUAUUAACAUGCAAAAUGCAAAAUAAUGAAAAGAACCAAACA